AUGAGAUAUUGUGUAAAGUACUUGACAGAAAUAUUCUUGUUAGAUCAAAAGUCAUCCGGGAAGGCGCUGUUUAACCUAAGUUGCAGCCAUCUGAAUCUCGCUGAAAAGGAAUAUUUUGGGUUAGAAUUCUGCAGCCAUUCUGGAAAUAAUGUAUGGUUGGAACUUCUGAAGCCCAUUACAAAACAAGUAAAAAUGGACCCUGGACAUCUGAGAGAAGAACUUACAAGGUAUCUUUUUGCCCUUCAAAUAAAGAAGGAUUUGGCUCUAGAAAGGCUUCCAUGCAGUGACAACUGUACAGCACUGAUGGUAUCCCACAUCUUACAAUCAGAACUGGGAGACUUUCAUGAAGAAACAGAUAAGAAACAUUUGGCACAAACCCGGUACUUAGCAAACCAAGACUGUUUAGAGAGCAAGAUCAUACACUUUCACCAGAAGCACAUUGGCAGGAGCCCAGCUGAAUCUGACAUUAUGCUACUGGACAUAGCAAGGAAGCUGGAUAUGUAUGGCAUCAGGCCUCACCCUGCCAGUGAUGGUGAAGGGAUGCAAAUCCACCUGGCUGUUACUCACAUGGGAGUACUGGUGUUACGGGGAAAUACAAAAAUUAAUACUUUCAACUGGGCUAAAAUCCGCAAGUUGAGUUUUAAGAGGAAGCAUUUUCUCAUCAAACUGCAUGCCAAUAUUUUGGUAUUGUGCAAGGACACCUUGGAGUUCACCAUGGCCAGCCGAGAUGCCUGCAAGGCUUUCUGGAAGACUUGUGUGGAAUACCAUGCUUUCUUCAGGCUCUCUGAAGAGCCCAAAUCAAAGCCCAAAACCCUACUCUGCAGCAAGGGUUCCAGUUUUCGCUAUAGUGGAAGAACCCAAAGACAACUUUUGGAAUAUGGAAAAAAAGGGAGAUUGAAGAGCUUGCCAUUUGAAAGGAAACAUUAUCCAUCUCAGUACCAUGAACGACAGUGCAGGUCCUCACCAGACCUCCUCUCUGAUGUCUCAAAACAAGUGGAAGAUUUGAGACUAGCAUAUGGCAAUGGGUACUACCGGAAUGUGAAUGGAGUGCAUGCAUCUGAGCCUGUGCUAGACAGUAGAAGGAGAAACUCUUCAGUAGAGGUGACAUUUGCAGCCGAGCUGGAGCUUUCCAAACCAGAGGCAGAUCCCACGUCAUUACAUCAGUCGCAUAGCAGUUCUUCUUUCCCUUUUAGUUAUACUGAUUGUGUCUUUAACACUGACCCUGAUCCUGACAAUGAUCCCAGAGACUAUUUUGAGGAAAGAAGUCCUCUAAGCUCCUUCCAAACAAGUUACAGUUUUGCUGACAAUCACAUGAACACAUCUUCUGGCCUUGUAAGAGUGAAUCCAGCAAAGAGGCUAACUUACACAGAUGUGCCCUAUAUUCCUUGUGUUGGUCAGCAGGUUGAUAUUACGCCUCCCCAAGUCUUUUUUUAUGUGGACAAAUCACCCCAGGUUCCCAGAUGGUCUCCAAACAUGGCAGAAGAAAGGGAAAGGCCAGACAGCUGUCUAGAUCCCACUGCAAUGAGGCCAGCCAAAAAAAGCCCGAGGAAUAUCAGAAUGAGGAGCUUUCAGCAAGACUUUCAAGAACUCCAAGAAGCUAUACCCCGGACUAGUGAUAGCAGCAACAUCAAUGCAGAUCUAGAAGAUACAAACUUAGAAGAUGCAUUUGCAUGUAAUAUCCAACAGCAAACCCCUAAACGGUCCCAGAGCCAAACAGACAUGAAAACUAUCCGUUUUCCUUUUGGGUCAGAAUUUAGACCUUUAGGACCUUGUCCUGCUCUGAGUCGCAAAGCUGACCUAUUUACUCAUAUGCUUCCAGAGCAGAAGUUUCCAACAGUUCUAAUGGAUCAGAGAACAGCAGAAAGGUAUAUAGCUAGUGAAUCCAGUGAUUCUGAAUCAGAGAUUCUUAAACCAGACUAUUACUCAUUGUAUGGUAAAGGAAUGAAAUCGCCCAUGGCCAGAAUCCGCUUGUCUUCUGGUAGUCUACAGCUAGAAGAAGAUGAAAAUGUUUCUUUUAAUACACCAACUGCUGAAGACAGGACAUUGUUAAAACCAUGUAAUUAUUUUUUAGCUUAA